AUGGGGCCAUUUUGGCCGGGCGAGGUGCCGAAAUUCCAUGCGCUCCCCGACGACAUCCAGCGAGCGAUCCUGGGAUAUGGCCUCGAUAUCGACUCGUUGCACCGUCUGCUUGCCGUCAAGGACGCAACUUGUCUGGCAUGGGUCGCCAAUGGCGAGGUGUUGCUAGCAAAGAUGUUCGAAAAGUCCGUUGAUGCCCGUCUCUGGCCGUUAGCCUAUCUCCACUACGAAGUAUCCCAGAGAGACUGGUGGGAGAAUGAGAGCGCAGAUGUCAUUUAUGAAAUGUGGGAGCGCUUUAGUGACAUGAUAUACACCCCGACUCCGUCUUCGAGGCAGGCACGGGACAUGCUGCGGUUUUAUAAACACGUGGAAUUCUUUGCCUCGAAGUAUCUUGCUGAUUUUAGAAACGAACUACCAACCCAGAAUCUUGAAAUGCUCGGUCACAACAUGUUGAUUUCCGAAAAGGCUUUCCACGUUCAACGUGCCCUUUAUCAGCAUGACAUCCUACUGCAAGCGUCGGCCACCCAAUGUCGGACUCCCAAUUGGUCUCGGGAGACCGCUGAACAAGCCUGUAUACGCUACUUGUUCAGUUGGUCAAAGUCAGUCCGUAUACAGUUCCGACUCAUCAACUGGUAUCUCCAUCGAGAUGGUAGCCCUCGACUUCUUUCUGCUUCUACCCGAGGAGAAGUGCUGACUGGGCAAUAGACACCGUCGACGAAGCAGAAAUUCCUCCUCUGGGGGCGCACGUCAAUGUAGUCGUUCGUGAAACAAACCAGGCCGACUAUCUGGUACUUGCUAUGCCCCAUUUUGUAACUGGAGUAGUUUUGACUUUUUGCAGACCGAAUAUGGACUGGCAUUUCACCGGAAAAUCCUGUCGUUGCAAAAUGACAGGGAAACGUGCGAGGCGGUAAAAUCCGUCAAUGAGCGAGGGAGGGCCUGGGUUGCCUUCGGCGCUCGUUGGGGGUUUAUCGUAAACCUUUUCGGAGAUCAUGGCUUCAUACCUGGCUGUGAGAAUUAUGCCC